AAGGUUGAAGAUGGCGGACCUCGAAGCAGUUCUCGCCGAUGUCAGCUAUUUGAUGGCGAUGGAGAAGAGCAAAUCUACUCCAGCGGCCCGGGCGAGCAAGAAAAUCAUACUGCCUGAACCCAGUAUUCGCAGUGUGAUGCAGAAGUACCUAGAGGAGAGAGAUGAGCUGACGUUCGACAAAAUCUUCAACCAGAAGAUUGGUUUUCUGCUGUUCAAAGAUUUCUGUUUGACUGAAAUCGACGAGGCCGUGCCGCAGCUCAAGUUCUACGAAGAGAUUAAGGACUACGAGAAGUUGGACUCUGAAGAGGAGAGGUUGUGCCGUAGCAGACAGAUCUAUGACGGCUACAUCAUGAAGGAACUCCUCUCCUGCUCACAUGCCUUCUCUAAGAAAGCAGUGGAUCACGUUCAGACUCACCUGGCCAAGAAGCAGGUGCCUCCCUCUCUCUUCCAGCCGUACAUCGUGGAGAUCUGUGACAGCCUGCGAGGGAUGAUCUUCCAGAAGUUCAUAGAGAGUGACAAGUUCACUCGUUUCUGCCAGUGGAAGAAUGUGGAGCUGAACAUCCAUUUGUCGAUGAAUGACUUCAGUGUCCACCGCAUCAUCGGUCGGGGGGGUUUCGGGGAGGUGUACGGCUGCAGGAAGGCUGACACUGGCAAGAUGUAUGCCAUGAAGUGUUUGGAUAAGAAGAGGAUCAAGAUGAAGCAGGGGGAGACUCUGGCUCUGAACGAGAGAAUUAUGCUGUCACUUGUCAGCACAGGGGACUGUCCGUUCAUAGUGUGCAUGACGUACGCCUUCCACACACCAGACAAACUCUGCUUCAUCCUGGACCUGAUGAACGGAGGGGACCUGCACUACCACCUGUCUCAGCACGGUGUGUUCAGUGAGAAGGAGAUGCGUUUCUACGCAGCAGAGAUCAUCCUGGGACUAGAACACAUGCACAACCGCUUCGUCGUCUACAGAGACCUCAAGCCUGCUAACAUCCUAUUGGAUGAGCAUGGUCACGUGCGUAUUUCAGACCUGGGUCUGGCCUGCGACUUCUCCAAGAAGAAGCCUCACGCCAGUGUUGGUACCCAUGGGUACAUGGCCCCGGAGGUGCUUCAGAAGGGGACGGCGUACGACAGCAGCGCUGACUGGUUCUCACUGGGCUGCAUGCUCUUCAAACUCCUCCGAGGGCACAGUCCCUUCAGACAGCACAAGACCAAAGACAAACACGAGAUUGACCGCAUGACGCUCACUAUGAACGUGGAGUUGCCAGACUCGUUCUCUGUGGAGCUGAAGGGUCUGUUGGAGGGUCUGCUGCAGAGGGACGUGGCCAAGAGACUGGGCUGCUUGGGACGAGGCGCCCCAGAGGUGAAGGAGCAUCUGUUCUUCAAAGGCAUCGACUGGCAGCAAGUGUAUCUUCAGAAGUAUUCUCCCCCUCUCAUCCCUCCAAGAGGAGAGGUAAAUGCAGCAGAUGCAUUUGACAUUGGCUCCUUUGACGAAGAGGACACCAAGGGUAUCAAGUUGUUGGACAGUGACCAGGAAUUGUACAAGAACUUCCCUCUGGUCAUCUCAGAGCGCUGGCAGCAGGAGGUGGCUGAGACGGUGUACGAGGCGGUCAACUCCGACACGGACAAGAACGAGGCCCGCAAGAGGACCAAGAACAAACAGCUGGGCCACGAGGAGGACUAUGCCCUGGGCAAGGACUGUAUAAUGCACGGCUACAUGUUGAAGCUGGGGAACCCGUUCCUGACGCAGUGGCAGCGUCGAUACUUCUACCUGUUCCCCAACCGAGUGGAGUGGAGGGGAGAGGGGGAGUCACGGCAAAACCUGCUGACGAUGGAGCAGAUCGUGACGGUGGAGGAGACUCAGAUUAAAGAUAAGAAGUGCAUCCUGCUGCGCAUCAAAGGGGGGAAGCAGUUUGUCCUGCAGUGUGAGAGUGACCCAGAGUUUGUCCAGUGGAAGAAAGAGCUGACCGAUGCGUUUACUGAGGCCCAGAAGCUGCUGCGUCGCGCCCCUAAGGUCAUCGGGAAGGGUCGGGCUGGGGUGGUGGAGUUCUCCAAACCUCCUCUCACACACCGCAACAGCAACGGCCUGUAGGCCACACACACACACCUACACACACCACAUCCUAUAACCUCAUCCCCUAUGAACCCGCCCGCCACAGCCCCAAGUCCUAGACACACACGCACACCACAUCCUAUAACCUCAUCCCCUAUGAACCCACCUGCCACAGCCCCAAGUCCUAGACACACACACACACACACACACACACAAUAAAGCCCCACACUCUCACUCUGGAGUGUGUAUGGACCAAACCUGCCAGCCGCUCUCCUCUGUUCUCACACACACACACACACACACACUGAAAGGCAAAAACGUACCCUCGGACCAUGCGUGUACCUAAAGAGAACCAGAGCGCCCUCCCUCUCCGACCGCACCCUGGAGCGUUGCCACGCAUCCCUCUUCCUCUCGCCCCCAAUGGACCAGCAUUCCACACAGCCGACCUCACGCACACACACGCGCGCACACACCAGCUGAACCCGGCAGAGCAGCAAACGCCAGUCCCGAGUAGGAGAGGGAAGACUAGGUCACCUGUCCCCACCUCUUCCUCCUCUUCUCUCCACCCCCCCCUCUGUCCCUCAAUCCCCACCCAGCCUCGUCUUGAGACUGGACCCGAGCCACACGCACCUGCCGGGCCGCUCUCCACGGGAUUGGCUGGCUGUAGUGGAGGGGCGGGGACCUAAAGCAGGUGGUGAGUAUCUGGACCAAUGGCACCGCUUGGAGAGAGGGGCCGGACCAAUAACGUUCCUCUCCUGUGAGCUCAUGAAGAGGGGAAAGGAGAGACUGAGUGGAGGGGAGAGAAGUGGAAAGAUGGUGGGAGGAGGACAAGGAAGCAGAGACACCUGCCGGGAUAAACCCGAGAGAAUGGCAGUGAACUGCUCGUGUGUAAGUGUGUGUGUGUGUGUCCAGAGAUGGGGCCAUAGAGGUUGGCAGCAGGUUUCAUUCCUUCCACAGAGAACGACGAAGGAGAGAAAGAUGACGGCUUUGACUUUUUGAAGAGACUUUGACCCUCUUCUCCUCCUCCAUCCCUCCGUCUCCUCCUCCAUCCCUCCGUCUCCUCCUCCAUCCCUCCGUCUCCUCCUCCAUCCCUCCGUCAGUGAAAUGCAUAAAGUGCCAAUGUCAAUAUUUACUUGAGCAUCCAGGAGGACCCGUUUUGAAAGCAGGCCCCCCCCCCCCCGGAUACAGAACUCUCUGUGGCACGGAACUCUUGUCGCCGUGGACAAACCUCUCCGAUGCGGCUCGUGUGCACGGAUCUUGGUAACCGUUUUGACUUUGAGGGGGGGGCUUUCAUUCACCUGGCAGUAUGCGUACCUCAGAGUGGGGACAGUAUGCGUACCUCAGAGUGGGGACAGUAUGCGUACCUCAGAGCAGGGACAGUAUGCGUACUCGGAGCGGGGACAGUAUGCGUACUCAGAGCGGAAACAGUAUGCGUACUCAGAGCGGGGACAGUAUGCGUACUCAGAGCGGGGACAGUAUGCGUACCUCAGAGCGGAGAACAGUAUGUGUACCUCAGAGCGGGGACAGUAUGCGUACCUCAGAGCGGGGACAGUAUGCGUACCUCAGAGCGGGGACAGUAUGCGUACUCAGAGCGGGGACAGUAUGCGUACUCAGAGCGGGGACAGUAUGCGUACCUCAGAGCGGAGACAGUAUGCGUACCUCAGAGCGGAGACAGUAUGCGUACCUCAGAGCGGGGACAGUAUGCGUACCUCAGAGCGGGGACAGUAUGCGUACCUCAGAGCGGAGACAGUAUGCGUACUCAGAGCGGGGACAGUAUGCGUACCUCAGAGCGGAGACAGUAUGCGUACCUCAGAGCGGGGACAGUAUGCGUACCUCAGAGCGGGGACAGUAUGCGUACCUCAGAGCGGGGACAGUAUGCGUACCUCAGAGCGGGGACAGUAUGCGUACCUCAGAGCGGGGACAGUAUGCGUACCUCAGAGCGGGGACAGUAUGCGUACUCAGAGCGGGGACAGUAUGCGUACCUCAGAGCGGGGACAGUAUGUGAGUUUUGAACCCCAGCAGGGCCGGAGACUUUGCUGUGUGAGAAGUUGUAAUUGUGUCAGGGCCGUAAUGUGUCAGGGCGGCCCUAAUGUGUCAGGGCGGCCCUAAUGUGUCAGGGCGGCCCUAAUGUGUCAGGGCGGCCCUAAUGUGUCAGGGCGGCCCUAAUGUGUCAGGGCGGCCCUAAUGUGUCAGGGCGGCCCUAAUGUGUCAGGGCGGCCCUAAUGUGUCAGGGCGGCCCUAAUGUGUCAGGGCGGCCCUAAUGUGUCAGGGCGGCCCUAAUGUGUCAGGGCGGCCCUAAUGUGUCAGGGCGGCCCUAAUGUGUCAGGGCGGCCCUAAUGUGUCAGGGCGGCCCUAAUGUGUCAGGGCGGCCCUAAUGUGUCAGGGGGGCCCUAAUGUGUCAGGGCGGCCCUAAUGUGUCAGGGCCCUAAUGUGUCAGGGCCCUAAUGUGUCAGGGCCCUAAUGUGUACGCCGCAGCUUUCCAGAUGUAGAUCGGCUUGGCUGUAUAAGUAGGUCAGUGUAGAGAGAGAGAGAGAGGUGGUAGGUGACGCAGGGUGUUUUAACGUUUGGAGCAGACGGCGACCGGAACCCGAAUCUGUUAGUCCCCUUCAGUCUGGUUUGAACCUAUAGAUUUAUUUCUGAAUGUGACCCAGAAUGGUAGGCCCACAAUCCUCUCUGGCUUUAUAUGUGAGGAGAACCCGCUUGUGCUGCCGUGACACGGCCGUUUAACCGAGGGACAUGAAAGUGCAGCUGGUUGUUGAAAAGAGAGGAGAAAGGAUUUGUUCACUCAAUUUUAAUUUCAGGGUUUUUCGGAGGGUGGUGCCCCCCCCCCCCCCCUCCAUGCAGUAGAAGGUUCCUCGCCUGUGAUAUAUAUCCGUGCGUUUCCACAGCUGUGACCUGCAUGUGUGGCUGGGGGGGGGUAGAGGAGGGUUUAUGUGUUGGGGGGGGGGGGGGUUGAUAUUCUAAGAGGCCUACACAGGUCAGUCAGGGGAAGUGAUGUCGUUUUAGAGAGAUACCUCAUCAGGGCGUUUUCUUGUUAAACCAAAACGAAUGGGGUUCUGUCUGACCUUUUUAACCUAAUGUGUUACUCUAUGUUCAAUGUGCCAAAUACCUGUCGCUGAUUGAUUCUGAUUGGCUGACUCUUCUGGACCAAUGAGAAUCCUCCUAUCUGAACAGGCCCCUGCGGGGACGGACCCCUCACAGCGCCAGCCUCUGGCCACACACACACACUCUCCCUCAACCGUUUGAAUCUGAGGGGUCUUUUUUAAAGGGUACAAAACUGUGACCGAACUGGGGAUGUGUGUGUGUGUGUGUGAGCAUGGAGUGAAUCUGCCUUUCAGCACCUCCACUUGUCACACACACACAGGGCUUGGUUGUAAUGGGUCUAUUCAGUGUGUGUGCGUUGUGUGUACAAGCAUGAGUGUGUGUGUGUGUGCGUUGUGUGUACAAGCAUGAGUGCGUGUGUGUGUACAAGCAUGAGUGCGUGUGUGUGUGUGUGUGUGUACAAGCAUGAGUGUGUGUGUGUGUGUGUGUUGUGUGUACAAGCAUGAGUGUGUGUGUGUGUGUGUGCGUUGUGUGUACAAGCAUCAGUGUGUGUGUGUACAAGCAUGAGUGUGUGUGUGUGUGUGUGUGUGUGUUGUGUGUACAAGCAUGAGUGUGUGUGUGUGUGUGCGUUGUGUGUACAAGCAUGAGUGUGUGUGUGUGUGUGCGUUGUGUGUACAAGCAUGAGUGUGUGUGUGUGUGUGCGUUGUGUGUACAAGCAUGAGUGUGUGUGCGCUGCAUUUCAAUCGCUUGUCAGUGUUUUAUUUAGUGUAGAUGUUCUUGUCAAACAUCUACACACACAAGCUUGACAACAAAACAAGACAAUGAAAAGGGGCGGCAUAUAGGAAGAAGAGAAAAACUAACAAAUUGAAGUAUAUAUAUAUAUGAAUGAAUAUAUGUGUGUAUAUUAAAUGACAAAUGCUCUAGGUUUAUUUAAGAAGAUUUCACGAUGUAGAGACGCUCUCCGGAUGAGGAUGCUCUGUUUGAGCGUUGGGGUUUUGAAGUGUGUAAAUCUGUUUGUGGUGAACACUUUGGAUCUUUGCACAUAAAGACUUUAGCUAUCAUACCUGCAAAUUGCCAGAUUAUUAUUUUUUGAAUACCCGGACUCUUGCUCUUUUCAUAUUUAUUGCGUGUUUUUUUGGGGGUAACGGCCUCUGUCUACGAGCUCGCGCCUGGGCUCUCGCUGUAGAAUACUCCGGUUUUACACACCGCCAGACAAAUGAUUUGACACGUGCCACAAACAAAACGCAAAUACUACUGGCGUUGGGUUACUAUUACCAUUACAGUCAUGAUGAUUACUGUCAUUGGUAAUAUUAUUAAAUGAUUAUUGUCAUUCCAUUUUGUUUGAAUGAAUUUUGUCAUGUUGUUUUUAAGACCGCUAGGAGCAUUAUGUGUUGGACUGCUUAUAUAAAACAGUUCAGAAAUAAAUACAUCAUUUUCUUUUGUCCGUG